UUUAGAAUGGUUUUUUUUUUUACACAGCAUAUUCUUUAUUCCUUUCCUUAUUUAAGAAUAGUGCUGUGUAAAGAAAAAAGUAUGUACAGAAAUAGUAUCUUUUUGUUUGACAAUUAAAACUUCCUUGUUACAGCUGCGUCUCGAAGAAUGUCGUAAUUAUGAAUCACAUGACUUUAAGGUUCUUCCUGUGAUUUGUUCUGGAGAGUUUGCUUCGGUUCAUGCUGCGUAUUGGAAAAACACUCAAUCAAAAUUUGCGAUUAAGAAAUUUGACAAGAUUUCUACGGAAAAAGAAAUUAUAAAUGAGAUUAAUUUAAUGAAAAUGGUUGAUUUUCAUCCAAAUAUAAUUAAAUUCUGUGGAAUUAUAAAAGAUGAAACGAAUUAUUCGCUUGUUCUUGAAUAUGCGGAUAGUGGAACAUUAGGAAAAUAUUUAAUGGAAAAUGCUACAACUAUUAAAUGGGAAAGUCAAUUGAAAUUUGCUAAAGAAAUUGCGAGUGGAGUCUUAUGUUUACAUGAUAAUGAAAUUAUACAUCGAGAUCUUCAUCCCAAUAAUAUCUUAGUACAUCAGCACACAAUAAAAAUAACUGAUUUUGGACGCUCAUGUUUACAAGGAUCAGCUUGCGAUACUAAAGCAUACGGCGUAAUUCCUUAUAUGGAUCCACAAAUACUUGAUCCAGAAAUUCCGUAUAAUUUAACUAAAAAAUCAGACAUAUAUAGUCUAGGAGUAUUAUUCUGGCAAUUAACGAGUUGUUCGUCACCUUUCAAUUUUGAAACGAGAAAAGAUUAUAUUGCUAUCACUUUAGCCAUUCUUAACGGUGUACGAGAAAAAUCUAUUCCAAACACAAAUGUUAAAUUUAUUGAACUUUAUCAAAAAUGUUGGAAAAAUGAACCGGAUGAAAGACCUGAGAUUAAUCAAGUAAUUUCAGAACUUAAUGAUGUAAAUCCUGAAAUCAAUUUUAAUUUUCAAGUAAAUGAAUUAACUGAAGAAUUAAAAAAUGAAGACGGAUUUUCGGAUUGUGAUUUGUCAAAUUAUUAAAUUUAUUUUAUAUUUAUUUCUAUUUCAUUUUUUCUUUUUUUUUUCCUCUUUUGAAUUUUGAUAUUAAAUAAAUAUUGGACAAAUUUAAUUAAAAAUACUAUAAAUACA